UUGACAACCCAAAAUGCAAUCAUGGCGCACGGGGUACUGUGUUUUUAGAAUGCUGAGAAGUUUUUACGUAAACACUUCAUUAUUUUGCACUGAAACUGAUUUUUGUGUUGAUAUAAAUUACCCGUAACUCUUCAAGAUUCAAUUAACGCAUACAUGUGUGUUCCAAAAUCGAAGUUUCCACCUGUUCGCAUUCACGUCUCUGUACUACUAGACACUUGCAGAUAACUUUGGUGUAAUAAUGUCAGAGGCGUACGCCCGAGAGAUACUUCGAAGGAAUGUUGCGCAAAUAUGCCAAACAAUAGGAUGGAACGGGAUAAACUCGACUCCAAUGGACAUUAUGGUGCAUGUGCUGGAGAAGUACAUACAGUCUCUUGGUACACAAGCUAGCAGAUACGCCGAACAAUUUAAUAGGACUGAACCAAAUUUACAUGACCUAGGAUUAGUAUUUCGUGAUUUACACGUUCAGUUGCCCGAGUUAGCAGAUUACACGCGCUGUGUGCCGCCGGUGCCGCCGCCCGUUGUUACAGAGAAGUUCCCCAAACCCAAGGAGUCCAAUUUAAAUUUCCUAAAACCCGGCAGCCAUGAAGUCGUCACCAGACCUAUGCAUGUUCAUGAGCAUCUUCCUCCUAUGUACCCAGAGAAAGAACGGGAUACUCCGGCUGUUGCAGGAACUGUUGAAAUCCAACAAAAUGGCAUUGACAAUCAUAACACUUGUGCAAGCCCAGAAAUUUCAGUCACAGACAGUCCAGAGAAACAGAAAGACAUAUUCAAAAGGCCCAUUGACCCGGUAUCACUACCAAAUAGCAAGAGACCAAGGUUGCGUCUGGAAGAGGAGGAGAGGACCAGAGAAAUCAGUAGUGUCAUGAUGACGAUGUCAGGCUUCCUGUCUCCUGCUCGGGAAGGCAAGCUGCCGGAAGCUCGGCCGCCUACUAUUGUUUCAGAGAAACAUUAUGAUAAACAUAAACCAAACUCGCAUCAUUCUAAUCCUAUGAAAGUACCAAUAUUAGAUAAAAGUGAUAAGAAAUCUAAAAAGAAAAAGUUGUUGAAUGGUAAAAUUAUGAAGAGUAAACGGAAAGAUAAGAGUCAUAAGGGUGAAAGUAGUAAGUCUAAGGAUAGUAAAAUGAUGAGUAAGCACCCACCUGGGUACCCAAUGAAAAGCAAGGAUGUCCAUCCUACACAUCAUAAUCAUGUGACCAUGCCAGCGCCGAAACCUUUGAUACCAACACCGAGGCCUGUGAUGCCACCACAACUCAAGAACACUAUGCCUCCACCAUCAAGACCAUUACCUGCAGAGCCAAUACGACCAGUAAUCAAACAGGAACCUGUGGAUCCACCAUCUCCUGUAUCAUCUAGAAGUUUCAUGGCAGAGGAUUCAAUACCAGUUCCAAGAAAGAUACCUAUAUCAAAGUCGCCUCUUGUAUCAGGACCUCAUAACAAACCAUUAUCAAAUUCCUUGAUAACUGAGACAGAGAUUAAGAAGGAAGUUAUUGAUGAAGAAGAGAAGUUGGCUUCUCAACCAGAUAGAUCAAAGAUUAAUAUAUUUAAAAGAAUAUCGAACAAAUCAAAAGAGGAUAGAAGCACUCCAGAGGUUGUUGCAGAUAAAUCACAGUCUGACCCUAUGAUCUCACGGUUGCAUAACUCUGUACACGAAAAUUCAAAUGAUAAUAGAUCCCAUGAAGGUAUAAGAGUGAAAACAGAUUUAGUUGUUAAUAAUAAUGAUAGUAGUGCUGUGGACUUGUCUCAAGUUAUGGACUUAAGAACUAAUGAAGUAAUAAAUAUUGACGAAGAUUCUAUGGACAUUGCGCCCGCGCCAGCGAUUCAUACAAAAUCGCAUGAACAUCGCCCUAGUAUAUCAAUAAACAAAUCUUUGCAAGUACCGUUCUCCAAAGAAGUAGCUAGUGUGAGUCCAAAAAUAAAGAAAGAAAAGAAGCACAAAGACAAAAAGGAUAAAGCAGCUAAAUUAGAGGCAAAACUGUUAAAGAAGCAACAACAACAGCUUGCAAUGGAGAUAGCUCAAAUGGAAAAGCAUAAUGUGAAAAUACCUAGUAGUAAAACUUCUAAAAGUAAAAAGGAGAAAUUACUACCAUUGCCACCUGGAUUCCCAUUUUUCCCGGGGAUGGCGCCAGGCAGGGGCAUGAUGCCGGGUCCAGGCUUGAUCCCCAAUCCCGGCCUGAUCCCCGGAGCAGAUUUCUAUGGUUUAGCUAACAAUCCCGCGUUAAGAGGACUGGCACCACCUAAUUUAUUAUCAAAUCCGUUCGCGUUAGGAGGACUGUCGAAUCCUGCCUUUUUGCCUGGCAAUUUGGGGCAAGGUUUACAGAACCCUCUCAUUCCUCCCAUGGGUAAUUUCCCCCACAGUUCGAGAUCAAUGAAGAUCCCCUCUAUGUUACGGCGCCCGAGCUUAGAGGUGAUCCCGGUGGACAACGACGAAGAUCGAGGGCUUCACAAGUCUCCUAUAUCGCGCGAUAAGGAUCGUCACGACAAACACAAAUCUCCGACCAUUCCAAAUAUUUUACAGAAACACAAGAAAUCGCAUAAAGAGCAUAAGUCUAAUCUGUUCAAAAUGCCGCUGGUUCAACCAGAUAUAACGAUAGAGUUAAACCCUCCUAAAAGUGAGCCGGUCCGGCAUGAGCCGCCGCGCGCGCCGCCGGUCCGGGCCCGCGAGCCGGAACCUGAGCCGGAGCCGGCGCCGGCACCGGCACCGGUCGUGCCGACACUGCCCGAACCGAAACCAGAACCUAUCAAAGUAGAACAGACCCCUGAAACCUCGCAAGAAAAAGAUGUAGAUGUAGAGAAAAAGAAAGAUAAGUCGCAUAAAAAGGAUAAGAAGGACAAAGAUGGCAUCAAAAUUAAAAAGAAGAAAGACAAAAAGGAUAAGAACAAGGACAAGUCUGAGAAGAAACGGGAAAAGGAGGAGAAGUUGGAGAUGAAAGAACUGAAAGAUAAGAUUAAGAAGGAGAAAAAGGAGAAGAAGAAAGAAAAGUCGGGCGACGGCUUGGUCCCGAAGCUCACGUUGAAACUGAGCUCGUCCAACUCGAAUUCCCCCAUGCCGCCGAGUUCGCCCGACAUUUUCAAACUGAACAUCAAACCGGUUGUCAAGAAAGAGGAGGAAGACAGCUCUCCGAAGCAGGAAGUAGUAUCUCGGGAACACAGUCGAUCACCAGAACUGGCGCAAAUAUCCGCUCUGGUGACGCGACCGCCGAAACCAAAGCAUUCGAAACACAAUCACGUCUCGGAAACAGAGGGCCAGGCGUCGCCGCCUGCGGGCGCCAGUUCGCCCACGCGGAAAAACCAUCCACCUUCAAGUCAUUCGAAGUACAAGCGAAUACUAAUAAAGCCCUUAUCCAAAAAGGGUAACGUGGAGACUUUCGACGACGACGUCUCGAUAGCUGAAGAACAGCCAACGCCUGUCAGUGCGGAUAAGCCUGCGGCGCCGUUGCCGACGCCGUAUUACGUGGACGAGCACGGGAACAAGAUCUGGGUUUGCCCCGCUUGCGGGCGGCCGGACAACGGCUCUCCCAUGAUCGGCUGUGACGGCUGCGACGGCUGGUACCACUGGGUGUGCGUGGGCAUCAGAGAGGAGCCGAGCGCGACGGAGGAUUGGUUCUGCAAGUCGUGCGUGGCCAAGCGCGCGGCGAUGGUGUUGGCGGGCGUCACGCACUCCGGACGCACGCACAAGAGACGCGGCCGCAAGCCCAAGGGCGACAGACACUGAUGUCUUGUUGUUACUGAGAUUCAUUUAGUUGCAAUUCCGAGGCGCGAUUGUUAUGGAUUAUUGUUGAAUGAUAUCGUGAAAUGUUUUCAUCAUUUAUAAUGUUAUAUCGUAGGCUAGGCUUAAGUAUAGAUAAUGAUUGAAUAUUGACAUAAAAUGUUGAACAUGAAUAGUGUAGUUACUUGUAAUAAUUACCAUAAUUUUAAAAUAUUUUGUUACGAUUUCACUUAUUCGUCGUUCGCUCGUCAGAUCAAGUUGCGGGCGUGUUAUACACAUCUCGCGGAUAUAGAUGAUAAUAAUAUAAGAUUCUUUUUAUAUUGUACAAAAACUGAAUUUACUUAAGAUAUUGGUGAUGUAUAAAGUUAAUGUAGUGAAUAUUUAAAUAAACAGAAAGAAGGCUGGAUGUACUUUCAGCUAUUAUUUGAAUAUUUUCAUAUUAUAAUUUUAAUAUAACCCUGUUUUUUUUUUGUUGAAGUUUUUCCUUCGAUAUGUACAGGGCAAGCACUGCCUCUCUGAUUUGCGCGUUAUAUUGCGUUUAUUUUUUUAAUGAACUAAAAAACCAAAUAAUAAGCUGAUCAAAUGUGAUUGGUCAGUCGAGUCCCCAUUUUAUCAACAUCGAUGGCGAUUGGUGGGGUAAAAAAGAUGGCGGUUUGACAAAUCUAUUUACAUUUGGUCAACUUGCAUAUUUGGGGGGAUGUGUGCGCCCUUAUGCAGUAAUAAAUGGAGGAAGGCAAUGUAAAUUUGAUUUCAGCCAGUGGCCAAUUAAAUAUAUUGGUACUCGAAAA